AGCGGCGGCUGCAGGCCGAAACGCUGAGAGAAAAUACAGCACAGGCCGCUCUUAGCAAGCAGAGCCUCACCAACCUUCAUUUACCGCCCGGACCGGGCCAUGGCGGCGGAACCGUGCUCGCAAAUUGAAGCCGAACUUUAUUACCUGAUCGCCAGAUUCCUGCAGUCAGGACCAUGUCAGAAAUCCGCUCAGAUGCUGCUUCAGGAGAUGCACGAAUAUGAGAUCAUUCCGAAGCGCUGGAGCUGGGAUGGAAAGCUGUAUAAGCGAAGCUUUGAAGACUGGGUGUUGUUAAAUCGGCACAUACCUGCGGAUUACCUGUUGCGUGUGUGUGAGCAGAUUGGCCCACUGAUAGAUAAACACAUUCCUCCCAGUGUUCCUGGAGUCCACAGUUUACUGGGCACUGGUCGACAGUCAUUACUACGGACAGCAAAAAGUUCUUCUCAUACAGUAUGGAGUGGCUCUGCAGUAGUCGCCCUGCACAGGGGACGGCCCCCAGAACCACCUAUAGACUGUGCCAAACAACCAAAUAUAGUGUCAAUCAUGGGUGCUCGCCAAAAAACAGGAGUGGCUCGAUUUGGCCAUGCUUUCCCCUCCUGCACCUACCAGCACAUGAAGAUGCAUCGGAGGAUCCUGGGCCAUCUCUCAUCAGUGUACUGUGUGGCGUUUGACCGCACUGGACGGCGCAUUUUCACGGGUUCUGACGACUGUCUAGUGAAGAUCUGGGCGACAGAUGAUGGCCGUCUCCUUGCCACUUUGCGUGGACACGCGGCAGAGAUUUCAGAUAUGACAGUGAAUUUCGAGAACACGCUCCUCGCUUCAGCCAGUUGUGACAAGAUCAUCCGUGUGUGGUGCCUGCGUACCUGUGCGCCUGUGGCUGUAUUGCAGGGACACACAGCCUCCAUCACCUCCAUACAGUUUUCUCCAUCAGCAUUAGGUUCCUCUCGGUAUCUGGCCACCACUGGAGCUGAUGGCAUGGUGUGUUUCUGGCAGUGGAACUCACUCAGCAUGAAGUUUGUUGAAAAGCCUGUAAAGUUCAUGGAACGCUCUCGUCCCGGAGUUCAGAUAUCCUGCAGCUCCUUCAGCACUGGUGGAAUGUUUCUGGCCACUGGAGGCACAGAUCACAUGAUCAAAGUUUACUACCUCGGCACAGAGACGCCUGUGAAGUUUUCUGACCUGGACUCCCACACGGAUAAAGUUGUUGCUAUUCAGUUUUGCAAUAACACUGACAGUCUCAGGUUUGUGAGUGGUAGUCGGGAUGGUACGGCUCGGAUUUGGCAUUACCAACAGCAGGAAUGGAAGAGUACGGUGCUGGACAUGACCACCAGAUUACCAGGGAGUGCUGUGAUAUCAGGCGAUGAUAAAUUGACAAAGUUGGUGGUGACCAUGGUCGCGUGGGAUCGUUGCGAUCGUUCCAUCAUCACAGCCGUUUCAAACUGCCUCCUCAAAGUCUGGAGCUCAACAAAUGGCCAAUUACUACAUGUGCUGUCGGGUCAUGAUGAUGAAGUGUUUGUUUUGGAAGCUCACCCCUUUGACUCCCGGAUCUUGUUAUCUGCUGGUCAUGAUGGUAACAUCUACAUUUGGGACCUCAGCAAAGGCCAGAAGAUCAGAAACUUCUUCAAUAUGAUUGAGGGCCAGGGGCAUGGUGCUGUUUUUGAUUGUAAAUUUUCAAUGGAUGGGCAGCACUUUGCCUGCACAGACUCUCAUGGUCAUCUGCUCAUCUUCGGCUUUGGGUGCAGUCAGCCUUAUGAAAAGAUUCUAGACCAAAUGUUCUUCCAUACGGAUUACCGGCCAUUGAUACGGGACUCCAAUAACUUUGUUCUAGAUGAGCAGACGCAGCAGGCACCCCAUCUUAUGCCUCCACCUUUCCUGGUGGACGUAGAUGGGAACCCCCACCCUCCUCGUUACCAGCGCCUGGUGCCGGGAAGAGAAAACUGCAAAGAGGAGCAGCUUGUGCCACAGCUCGGCUACAUGGCUAAUGGUGAUGGUGAAGUGGUUGAGCAGGUGAUUGGCCAGCAGACCGCUGAGGAUUCUCAGGAAGAAAGCCCAUUGGAUGAUCUGAUUAGGCAGCUCCAGAACCAGCAAGAUGAGCAUCGCAACCCAGGAAAUCCUGCAGUAGGUGCUGAAGUGGCUGGUGGUCCUCUAUCACCCCCUAACGUUGGGCUGCGACGUAGCGGACAAGUUGAGGGUGUACGGCAGAUGCACAACAAUGCCCCCCGCAGUCAGAUGGCCACCGAGAGAGACCUGUUGGCAUGGAGCCGGCGCGUAGUGGUUAAUGAAGUCCAGUCUGGCAUUUUCAGAGUGAUGGAAGACAAUAGGAUUGCUAAAGGAGAGGUGGAACGGCUUUUCUACAACAUUGAGAAGAAGAAAAAAUAUGCACCCACAAUAGGAAGUGAACCUGUGGGUAACAACGUUCGCAUGUUACGAAGGCCACAGCGCAAGGCUCAGCAGAGGAGACACACAUAUCAGACCCGCUCGACUCGAGAUAGGAGACGCAGCUCAAGCGUGCUCUCGUACACCCGUAACGAGGAAAGUGAGAGAGAGUCUGACAGUGAAGCAGAGCAGGAAGAGGACCAGAAUGAGAACAGUGAUGGGUCAUCGGAUGGUGAAGCUCAGUGGGAGAAUGACAGUAGCUCCAGUGACUCUUCCAGUGAGUAUUCUGAUUGGACGGCAGAUGCGGGAAUCAACCUCCAGCCCCCCAAACGAACAACCAGAAGACAGGCCCCUGUUGCCGGGAGCAGUAGCUCUGAAGAUGAGGAUGGGACAGGGCAGGGAGAAGGGGAGGCUGAGAGAAAGAGUCGACGGACUGAAAAGAAAAAAAAACUGAAACAGACUAAACCGCGGUCUGUGCCUGCUGGAGAAUUAGAGGAAUGGUUGCCGCCCUCUUGGAUCAUGGAAACAAUUCCAAGACGAUCACCUUUCGUACCUCAAAUGGGAGAUGAGUUGAUAUAUUUCCGCCAGGGUCAUCAAGCAUAUGUCCGAGCCGUGUGUCGUGCCAAAACCUACAGCGUGAAUCCUCAGAAACAGCCCUGGAAUCGCUUGGAUCUCAGGGAUCAGGAAUCUGUCAAAGUAGUGGGUAUUAAAUAUGAAGUCGGGCCGCCAACUCUGUGCUGUCUCAAACUGGCCUUCCUGGACCCCACCUCAGGGAAAAUGACCAACGAAUCCUUCAGCUUGAAGUAUCAUGAUAUGCCUGAUGUCAUCGACUUUCUGGUGCUACAACAGAUUUAUAAUGAGGCCAAAGCACGAAACUGGCAACCUGGUCACCGUUUCAGGAGCAUCAUUGAUGAUGCCUGGUGGUUUGGUUCUGUGGAGUGUCAGGAGCCGUUCCAGUCUGAAUAUCCAGACAGCCUGUUUCAGUGCUACAUUGUCAGGUGGGAUAAUGGAGAGAGAGAGAAGAUGAGUCCGUGGGAUAUUGAGCCCAUACCUGAAGAAGCUCAAGUCCCAGAGGAUACUGGUGACAGUGUCCCUGUCACAGAGGACGAGCUUCAGUCCCUACUGUACCGGCCACAGGAGGGAGAGUGGGGGCUGCACACACGAGAUGAGGAGUGCGAGAGAGUAAUCGCGGCCAUAGAUCAGCUGCUAACCCUUGAUGUGGCAAAGGCGUUCUCCUGCCCUGUCGAUUUGAGGGAAUAUCCGCUGUACUGCACUGUUGUGGCCUAUCUCACCGACCUCAGCACCAUCAGAACAAGAUUGGUGCAUCGUUUCUACAGGCGAAUCUCAGCACUUAUGUGGGAAGUGCGUUACAUCGAACACAAUGCUCGAACAUUUAACGAACCACAGAGCCCCAUUGUCACAGCAGCGAAAACGGUCACCGACGUUCUGCUGCGUUUUAUCAGGGAUCAAAGUUGUACAGAUAUUUUGGAUUUGCACAAUAAGAUGAAGACUGAAUUCAGCAGUGCAGAUGAGGAAGAGGAGACUGUGGAUGUGGACUCGGACACUCCCGGCACCUCCACUGGUCAAAGGAGGUCCAGUAAUGUGCCUCAGAAGCGUGGCGUGGUCCUUGAUAUAAACGCAUGGAACAGACAAUGCAAAGACCUUGUGAGGAGAAUGAUGGCAAGCCCAGAUUCAGAGCCAUUCCGCCAGCCUGUUGACCUCUUCAUUUACCCGGUAGCUCAUUCUUCCCUCAUUCUUUCAUUCCUUUCCUUCCUGUACUUUCCAUCUUAUCCCUUUAACAAUAUUCCAUUGUGUUCUUUUUUUUUCUCUCUGUAUCAGGAUUACCGUGAUAUUAUAGACACUCCUAUGGAUUUGGGCACAGUCUCUGAGACCCUAAUGGGUGGGAACUACGAGAAUCCCAUAGAGUUUGCCAAAGAUGUGCGGCUUAUCUUCAGUAAUUCAAAAGCCUACACGCCUAACAAGAAGUCUAGAAUCUACAGUAUGACUCUGAGUCUGUCGGCGUUCUUUGAGAAUCAAAUUAUUCCCAUAAUCUCAGACUACAAAUCUGCUGUUCAGAAUCAGCGUAGGAGUCAACAGAGACUCAGUUGCAGCAAGAGAUUGCAGAGUUCCUAUCCCAACAGCCCCAAAGGAAAACAGAAAUCUGUAAAGAAAACCUCCCAGAUGACUCCAAAGUCCCGCUCAAGGAAAUCCUCUCAAGAUUCAAGUGUUGCACAAGCUGAUGAAGACAGUCAGCCAUCCUCUUCAUCUUCAUCAUCCUCCUCCUCAUCUUCCUCGUCCUUUUCAUCAGAGCCUGCAGGAGCCGACCGAGUUACACGCAGCCGAGGUGCCAAUGACUGCCUGCCAAAUGAAGGUCGAAGUUCACGUAGGAGAGGAGCAGCAUUAGCAGAAGAGGGAGAAGUCUCUGAAUGUGAGAGCACCAGCUCGUCAUCCUCCUCAACAUCCGCAUCGUCGUCCUCCAAAACCUCGUCGUCUUCGUCUGAGAGCGACGACAGCGGGACUGAGGUGGGCGGCUUUGCAGAUGGCGGCGACCAUGACUACAGCAAAGCCCCGCAACAAAAACAGAAAGGCAAAGAGGCAGCAGCCUCUGUCGAUAACGCAAAGCGGAAGCGCAAAGGAGAAGAGCAGACAACAGAACCUGAGAAACGAGCGCGGCGGGCGGAUGAAAAUGAAGAGGAGGAGCCUGAGGAAGAGGAAGAACCAGAUGAAGAGGAGGAACCUGAGGAGGAAGAAGAGGAGCUGGAUGAGGAAGAGGAGGACUCUGAGGAUGAAGACCUCAUUUCUUCAACAAAAACUGGAAGUCAGAGGUCAAAUCAAAGGACUGCAAAGUCAGGGCGGGUUAAUACUCGUAACCAGGGACGAAGGACUGUUCUAUACAACGAUGACUCUGAAGAGGAGGGGCUGACGACAGACCCUCUGAAUCUUGGAAUGUCCCGUUCUGGAAGGGUCCGUCGCAUGACUGAACGUGCGAGGGUUAGCCAUCUUAUGGGUUGGACACAUUGACAUUUUAUGAUCCUCACACAGACUCACUACAGCGAUACUGCAGGGAUUUUGUUUUUAGUACUGUCUUUUUGUGACUUGUUUUUUUUUUUUUUUUUUACUAUUGUUGUCUCCGAGACUUGAUGUUCAUGACUCUUCCUGGAUUGUGGUGCUUUUUCUUCUCUGGUUUUCACGGAAACUAACUUGCCAUCAACUAAUCCGCCACCUCUGCCUUAUUCUAGUCCAGAGUGGUCCUUCCUUUCUUCCUUCUUUUCUUCUUCCCUCCCUCCUGAAUGACUUUGAUUCCCAUCAUGGUUCUUUAGGUUUCCAUUUUCCAGUCAUAAAGAUGGUGCUGCUCUCUUCACUUUCUCCAUCUUGCGUUCUUUUCAUACUUUUUUACAUGGGGUCGAGAACACUUACGUUUACCAUAUAAUUCAGCUGACUUGACUUUACUAUUAAAUCAGGUAAUGCAUUUACCUCUGUUCAAUAAUAUAAUACAUUUUAGUCAUAUGAUUUAGUGCAGGUGCAAACUGAUGCAUUAACUACUUCCAGAUCACUUGUGCUACUCCUCGUCCAUUAAAGUACAGACACGAGGAGGAUUAUGUGAAAUGUAGGAGAAAAUGCACUCAAAUACACUUCAGACUGUUUUUACAGAAUAUAUUUAUAUUUUUCCACUCUUGUAUGAUACACUUUAAUUCAUUUUUAUCUUGCAGUAAGGAGAAGAUUAGUAUUGAUGAUGUUUGCACAUUUUAUGUCAAGUAUAUGUGGCAGCUGAUUGGUUGGUGAUGUCUGAAUCCUGGACUCUGGUUCAAAUAUAAUGUAAAUUGAAGACUGUGCCCUCAGGCUAUCUGAGGAGCAUCAGAAUGGUUAUUUUUUUCAUCUUUUUUUCUUCUGUACCAUUAUCAUGGAUAACUGAAAAGACUGUUGUGUUUUGGACAAGGGAGGCAACAAGAACAGUCGUCUGAUUAUCAAGUGCUCAUUUAAUCCAUGCUGAUGUGUUUUUCAUUGGUGUAUUUUCAGGAUGGUGAAUACAAAGCCUAAAUUGAAGAGAUCAUGAGUUGAAUCUGAGUUUGGUUUGUGGUGUUAAAAGGGUGUUUACAAAAAUGUGAUUAACACACUGGUACAUAUCUCUCUCUCUCUUUGUUUUGCCCUUUUCUUACCUUGUUAUUUUUAUCUCUCUUUUCUCACUUUAGUUUUUCCUGUCCCUUAAUGCACUGAAAUGGAAAACACUCUCUCCAUCCAGUCCCUUAUCUGCUGUUUGAAAGACUUUUCUCAGCCAAUCAGGAUACAGCAUUAACCUCCACAGGCUAUCUCUGGUCAAGAGCUGAGCAGUCUGAGUUUAUUUUGUCUGUUCCUUUCCUUUCCAUCUAUCAUGGCCUGGGUUGUGUGUAUUUUUUUUUUUUUUUUUUUUUUUUUUUUUUUUGUAAAUGUGUGUGUGUCAGGGAUCUGUUGUCAUUGGGUGACAAAGCCUGGAUCUGUUUAGUGACACUGAUGGUGAAGAUGGUCAUGAUGUUUGAUGUCAUAAGCAUAUGUCUGUUUAUUUGUUUUCUAUGCUUUUUUUUAUAAUAAAGGUGUAAAACUGUGA